GGGCGAUGGAGCCCAACGUGCCGAAGCGGAAGGAGCCCGCCAAGUCCCUCCGCAUCAAAGUCAUCUCCAUGGGCAACGCCGAAGUGGGGAAAAGCUGCAUUAUAAAGCGGUACUGUGAGAAGAGAUUUGUAUCUAAAUACCUGGCAACCAUCGGGAUUGACUAUGGAGUCACAAAGGUCCAAGUGAGAGACAGAGAAAUCAAAGUUAACAUCUUUGACAUGGCUGGACAUCCCUUCUUCUUUGAGGUCCGAAAUGAGUUUUACAAGGACACACAAGGUGUGAUACUGGUCUAUGACGUUGGGCAGAAGGACUCAUUUGAUGCCCUUGAUUCAUGGCUGGCGGAGAUGAAGCAGGAGCUUGGGCCUCACGGGAACAUGGACAGUAUUGUCUUUGUUGUAUGUGCCAACAAGAUUGACUGUUCCAAACACCGCUGCAUCGAUGAAAGUGAAGGACGUCUCUGGGCUGAAAGCAAAGGGUUCCUGUAUUUUGAAACAUCAGCACAAACUGGAGAGGGAAUCAACGAGAUGUUCCAGACGUUUUACAUGUCCAUAGUUGACUUGUGUGAAAAUGGCGGGAAGCGUCCUACCGCAAACAGCAGUGCUAGUUUCACCAAAGAACAAGCAGACACCAUUCGCAGAAUCCGAAAUAGUAAGGACAGCUGGGAGAUGCUGGGAGUCAGACCUGGGGCCUCAAGAGAGGAAGUCAAUAAGGCCUACCGGAAGCUGGCUGUGCUGCUUCACCCAGACAAGUGUGUAGCUCCUGGCAGUGAAGAUGCCUUCAAAGCAGUUGUGAAUGCCCGGACAGCCCUCCUGAAAAACAUCAAGUAGAGGCAGAGGAAACUACAGGCGAGCUCAAGUGUAAACAGACUUCCCUUGAGAUAACUGAGUGUUUGUCAUUGUAUCAUCACUUAUGCAUCCACCUGUGAAAGUCCAUGGCUGUGACUCACCUGAGCUUCCUCCCGCCAGCCCACCAUCCAUCCAUCUGCCCACCAUCAGAGAAGGGAAUAGCAACAGGAAAGAGAAUGACCGGAACAAGCAGCCUCAGCCCCUGGGAGCCUUGCGUCCCGCCGAGCAGCCUCUUGGGUAGUACUUUUACCAUAGUAGCCAGGCAUGGAGGCUUGUGCCUGCAGUCCCAGCACUCAGGAGGAUGAGGCAGGAGGAUUGUGAGUUUGAGGCCAGUCUAGACUGGAUUACUUGGCAAGACUUUCAAAGAAAAACAAGCACCUUGUAGAAGAAUGUGCUGUGAGCUGACACUGUUCCGUCUACCUUCCUUUCUCAGACACUGACUCUGUUCUUUCUCCAGCCACCAGGGGGAGACAAGCCAGUGCUGAGAGAGGGAGGCAGUGGAGAACCUGAAGCUCAUCCUGGAUCCCAGGUCUUUGCUCUGCCCUAGAAAUGCUUGCUAGUAGCAAGCAGCAAGGAUGCUGUGUCCCUGGGAAUGAGGGGCCAGAAGCCAGAACAGAAGCUCUUGGAGGGUGUAUUGUAGGUUACUCGGGAGUGUGCACUCAGUCACACCAUACAGGCCAGCUUGGGCCUUUCCUGAGCUCAGGCAUGUUGGGCACUAGGAGGAGCCCUGCCUAAGACUUGUCCCUGUCAUCAGUCCUCACCACAGGUGGUGAGAGAGGCAGGCACAGGCCGGUCUCUUUGUUCUGCACUGUGUUAAUCUGCUUCUCCUCUCACCCCACUCUUGUUAUGUCCCAUAUCUGCCAUUGCUGUUCUUGACUCCCUACCAUUGUUCCGGUCUCAGCUGACUUGAAAUAAGUCGGGUCCAUCUGGGCACAGUGGGAUAUCUUGGGCCUGUGUGGGGCACAAUCCUUACAGUUUCUGCUUAGACUCCAAAGUUCUGAAUAGUAUUUUUAAACUACAAGUAUGAAAACUCAUUCUGCAUAGAGAAGCCUUCCUCAUGGUGUUGUCCCUGCCUGGUCACAGGACCAGGCGAGGCUGAUGGAGCACUGGGACUCAUGACAGCCUGAGGAGAGCAGGCUCGGUGCGUGACUCCUGUCAUCCCUCUGAACUGUGGUACUCUGAUUUUGAGCUGCAGCCACCUGUGCUACCUGGAGCUUGAAGGAUGACUUUUAAAUACCUAUCCCAUAAUGAUUGCCAGGUAACAUCUCUCUUGCCUAAGAAGACAAGCUCUUGUCUUACCAUCUAAACCUUUGCAGUCUUCUGUGUUUUCCCUUUCUCUAGA